AUGGCGGCAGGCGCAGGCGCCUUCACAUGGGCCGCCUUCCCCACCAUGCCCACGCGGCGUGUGUACUGCAGCGCCGCGCACCGCGACGGGCAGCUCUUUGUGCUGGGCGGCUGCGGGGGCGGCGGGCAAGCCCUGGGCACCGCCGAGGUGCUCGACCUCCCGGCCCAGCGCUGGACCACACUCCCACCACUGCCCACGCCGCGGGCCGGCGCCGCUGCCCUCGCCCUGGGCAAGCAGAUCCUGGUGGUGGGUGGCGUGGAUGCAGUGCAGAGCCCCCUUGCCUCCGUCGAGGUCUACCAUGUGGAUGAGGGCAAGUGGGAGAAGAAGGCGGCCCUGGCACAGCCCUCCAUGGGCAUCUCAGCCGUGCAGAGAGACGGGGCUGUCUACGCACUGGGUGGAAUGGGUGCGGACACCUCUCCCCAGGCACUGGUCCGUGUCUACGAGCCGGCGAAGGACCACUGGCAGUCCCUGCCCUCCAUGCCCACCCCCUGCUACGGGGCCUCUGCCUUCCUGCAGGGCAACAAGAUCUUCGUCCUGGGGGGCCGGCAGGGCAAGCUGCCUGUCACCGCCUUUGAGGCCUUCGACCUGGAGACAAGGAGCUGGACGCGCUACCCCAGCGUGCCCAGCCGCCGCGCCUUUGCUGCCUGCGCCAUGGCCGACGGCGUUGUCUUCAGCCUGGGGGGCCUGCAGCAGCCAGGGCCCCACAACUUCUAUUCCCGUCCCCACUUCGUCAACACCGUGGAGAUGUUUGACCCUGCGCAGGGUGCGUGGAGCAAGCCGAGCCGUGCCAUCCGCAUGAGGGAGAAGAGGGCCGACUUCGUGGCUGGCUGCCUGGGAGGAAGAGUGGUGGCCGUGGGUGGACUCGGGAACCAGUCCUGCCCGCUGGACUCAGUGGAAGGGUUCAGCCUCUCGCGGAAGAAGUGGGAGCCACUGCCCCCCAUGCCCACCGGCCGCUGCUCCUGCUCCAGCUGCCCAGCACCCAGCCUGCUCUUCGUCAUCGGUGGAGUGGCCCAGGGCCCCAGCGGCGCCGUCGAGGCUCUGUGCCUGCGCGAGGUGCCCUGA